AUGCCAUUUUGUGGGAGUGCUCCUAAAACUAUUUUUGAAAAUUACGUACACGAUAUAUUUAUUGAUGGCCAAUCGGUGCAACUAUCAUUGUGGGACACAGCUGGUCAAGAGGAGUUUGAUAGGUUGAGAUCACUUUCGUAUUCCGAUACGCAUUGUAUAAUGUUGUGUUUUUCAGUGGAUUCUCAAGAUUCACUAGAAAACGUCCAGUCAAAGUGGGUAGGUGAAAUAGCCGACCACUGUGAAGGAGUCAAGCUAGUUUUGGUGGCAUUGAAAUGUGAUUUAAGAAACAACGAGGACACAAGCGACGAGAAUUUUCAGGCAACUUCUGGUAACCCAUAUUCGUCGUCACAACAGAAAAGAAUGAUUACUUACGACGAAGGGUUAGCGGUGGCGAAAAGAAUCGGAGCUUUGAGAUACCUAGAGUGCUCGGCAAAGAAGAAUAGAGGUGUUAACGAAGCAUUCUCAGAAGCAGCCAGGUGUGCACUUAAUGCAAAACCAAAAGGUGCAAAUGAUAACGAACCCAGAAAGAAAAGCUGUGUUGUAAUGUAA